UAGUUCGUGUACCAAUUUCGGAGCCGUUAUUCUUUUCCAAGCAUGCAAGAAAAUACAACAUAAUAAUAUGCAACACCACAUCCAACUCCAACUUUUCUUCGAGCACAUUCUCGCAGGCGUAUCAAGCUCCCUCCGCAGACGUCACAUCCAAUGCGGAGCAAAGAAGCAGCGUGUCCAACCACGAAACCAAUCUGCUGGCGAUGGCCGAGAAAAAUUAUUCCCAAAAUCUCAUGCCAGAACAAAAAAUAUCUCGGAAGUCAGACAAAUGUCAAAAAACUCACCGCCGCCACUCCCCUCAAAUCAUCGGGGUUUUCAACCCACCAAUCACACCGGCCGCGUCCCGAAUCAGAACAUUGCAAACGGCGUCUCCGUUCCCACCCUAAACCUCCGCUUCCCACAAUACUCCCUUCAUGGCAUCCAUCUUGUUCCUAUUCCCUCUGGUAAUCCUCCAUACCCUGGUUCUAGCUCCGACCAAAACUUAUUCCCAGGAUGACCCCAUCCUCACCUACUGCGCCGGCGACAACUACACGGUCCCCAGCACCUUCUCCUCCAACCUCGAGCUCCUCCUCUCCAACCUCACCUCCUCCCCCCGCUACGCCGGCUACUUCUCCACCGCCACCGCCGGGGCCGCCUCCUCCGUACCCGCCUACGGCCUUGCGCAGUGCGAACCCGACGUCUCCGCCUCCGACUGCUCCACCUGCCUCAACCGCUCCGCCUCCGCCGCCGCCACCCGCUGCCCCCUUCGCAAGUCCUCCGCCAUCCGCUUCGACCACUGCGUCCUCCGCUACUCCAACCAAAGCUUCUUCGGCCAGCUCGAAGUGGACCAACCCGCAAUGACCCACAAGAGUAAUAACGCGUCGGAUCCGACGGUGUUCCAUCGGCAGAUGAGUGAUCUGAUGGAUGAGAUCGCGUCGCAGGCGGCGGCGAUGCGAUCGAAGUUUGCGGUGGGGAUCACGAAUUACUCCGGUGAUGGGCUUAUAUCCGGGAUGACACAGUGUACCCGUGAUCUAUCGGAGACGGAUUGUUCCACGUGUCUGGAUAAGGCGGUCGGGUUGUUGCCUUCCUGUUGCUACGGGCACAUCGGAGGACGGGUCGUGAUGGUAAGUUGUGCCGUGAGGUUUGAGAUCAUUCCCUUGUUCUCCCGGUUGUUGGUCCCUCCGUCGCCGCCGCCAGCCACACCUCCGCCGCCGCCGGGAUCGAGUUCUUCACUGAAUGGUGGCAAUGGAACUGAUACGACCGGUCAUGGGAAAAGUCAUAAGGCUGCAAAAGUAGUUCUAAUUGUUGCCAUCUCUGUCAGUCCUGUUGUUCUUUGCCACAUCUGGAUCCGCUUACGAAGAAGGGGAGUGUGUAGAAGAGUGCUCAUUGAUGGAGAUGAGGAGUUCAGAAGUUCAGAAUCAUUAUUAUUUGAUUUGGGCGCCCUUAGAGCUGCCACAGAUAACUUCUCCAAUGCAAAUAAGCUGGGAGAAGGUGGUUUCGGACCGGUUUACAAGGGGACUCUGCGGGACGGACAAGAAAUAGCUGUGAAAAGGCUCUCAGGAAGUUCAAGGCAAGGACUAGUAGAGUUAAGAAAUGAGAUUGAUCUGGUUGCCAAGCUUCAACAUAGAAACCUUGUUAAGUUGUUGGGUUGUUGCCUCGAGGAACAAGAGAGGUUGCUUGUCUAUGAGUACCUUCCAAAUACAAGCCUUGACAAAUUUUUAUUUGACCCUAUUGGACGACAACAACUAGACUGGGGAAGGCGGUACAAAAUUAUUGAAGGGAUUGGCCGAGGGCUUCUCUAUCUUCAUGAAGAUUCUCGAUUAAGGAUCAUUCAUCGGGAUCUAAAAGCAGGUAAUAUCUUGCUGGAUGAGGACAUGAAUCCUAAAAUUUCAGACUUCGGUCUUGCAAAGCUUUUCAGCGUAGAUGAGACCCAUGGAAGCACUAGUCGAAUUGCUGGGACAUAUGGGUAUAUGGCACCAGAAUAUGCCGUGCGUGGGCUCUUCUCCACCAAAUCCGAUGUUUUCAGUUAUGGCGUACUAGUUUUGGAGAUUGUGACCGGGCGGAGGAAUAGUGGAUUCCAGGGAUCUGGGAAUUCUUUAGACCUUCUUAGCUAUGUCUGGCGACACUGGAAUGAGGGAAUGGCAUCACAGGUGAUCGACCGAAGUCUGGAUAAUCAGUAUCAACUACGAGAAGUAUUGAGGUGCAUUCACAUCGGGCUACUCUGCGUCCAAGGAGAGCCGGCGGUGAGACCCAGCAUGGCGUCCAUCUUUCUUAUGCUCAGUAGUUACUCCAUCACUCUUGCAGCUCCAUCAGCACCUGCCUUCUUUAUAAGUAGUGGUACGAUCGGUGAGUCAGAGGUGAUCGAGAGGGACAUGAGGACUGGCUUAUCAGCAGAAAAAUCAAGACCGGUCUCAGCGAAUGAUGUCUCAAUCACUGACAUGGAACCGAGAUAGUGGUUUGUGAUCGAUACACAUCCGUGCAAGUUUGAAUAUUAGUUGAUAUUAAUGAUUUUUAUGAACAUUAGGAUACCAAUUUCUCUGUCAGCUGUGUUGUACGACAAAUAGGAACUAUUCUGGAUAUCAUCUAGAGGAUCGCAUGAUAUUGGACGUCUAAGGGAACCUUAUUGAGACGGUAGCUUGAAACUUGAUUUGUUAUCCACUGGGAUGUAAUAAAUGAGGGACCAUCCUUCUCCAUUGGGAGUAAUGUCUUACAAGCACUAUAUAGUUUGAUGGGCAAACUAGAUUAUAUUUGGAUAAAGCCCCUGGUCUCUGUGUUCUAAAAAUUGGACCAUAUUCUUUUGUUGAUUUA